CAUUUGCUUACACACUCAGGGAAAACAGAGUCUCCCUUAACAGGACAGAAACAGAGUAAAACCAUAUUACAGGGGGCGACCUGACCUUCAGAACUCAUCCCAAUGGCAAGAAAAUCAAGCAUGGCAUUUCUCGCAGCAGUUGUUAUCGCUGCUUUGAUUCAGAGCUCUGUGGCUCAGACACAACAUACCGUUGGUGAUAACACAGGCUGGACUAUUCCGACUGGGGAUGCUGCAUUGUAUACCAAUUGGGCUUCAAACCAAGACUUUUCUGUUAAUGACAUUCUUGUUUUCAACUAUAACAGUGGAGCACAUGAUGUGGCUGAGGUGACAAAGGAAAAUUAUGACUCAUGCAAUACCAAUAACCCAAUCUCUCUCAAUACCACCGCACCAACAAGAAUCACUCUCACUGCCGGUGAGCAUUUCUACAUUUGUACCAUCUCCGGUCACUGCUCUGCUGGCCAAAAGCUAGCCAUCAAUGUCACCGGCAGCGGCACCACCACACCACCAUCCUCCACAACUCCAUCUUCCCCAUCUCCAACUACCGCCCCUCCUCCACCAGACAGCUCUGCUAGGUCCCUGAGCGUCGCGGGUCUCUCCGCCACCUUCUUGUCGAUCGUUGUAGCUUUCUUGCAUUAGAUUGUGAUGAAAAAAUUACAUUAAUUAAUUAGUCGUGAGUGUGAUUCAUUUUUAUGUAAUUCCAUUGUUACACCGAUGUUCUUAUAGUUUGACCAUACAAUAAAGCUGUUGUCCACUUUUCAGCAUAUAAA